AUGGAUAAAUAUUUGCAGCAUCAUGAUCAUAAAUUUGUUUACUUUAUUGAAGAUUAUUUGAAAAAGAUUCGUGAACAAGAAGAAGAACUUAUCAAAGCACAAGAAGCCCGGAAUAAUAUAAUUUUAAUAUACAACAGGCUCAAAAUGCAAUUGAUAAAGAGAAUAAAGAAUUGUUUACAAAAUUCAGAAAUUCUUACAAAAAUAUACAAAAGGCUAGCAGCAACAUGUUCAAAAGGAACAGAUAUUACUGAGACUGAUGAUACUGAAACUGACAAUACUAAAACUAAAAA